UGCCGUGUCUGAGUGAUUUUUACCAGUAUGUUGUUUUUUUUGUUUGUUUUUUUUUUUUAGCCAGCCCUGUUAAACUCUCUGUGUAGCGUCUUUCUUUGUAGAUAUCUCGUGUUCCAAUGCGGGCACUUGCGGCUUUUACACGGGUGCGGCUCGUGUAUGUACCAAAUGAUAUAUUUUUUUUUUUUUUUUUACAAACGUACUGGGUGAGGCUUAUAAGCAGGUGCGCUCCGUGAGAUGGGAAUUAUGGUACAUGCGUACGCGUGAGUGUGAAUGUGUGUAUUAUGUAUUAAAGGUAUUUUGUAGUAUGUGCUGUACGUACAUACAGUACUGUGCGUGUGCAUACAGUAUUUAUGUGUCUGCAGAAAGAGAGAGUGUGAUACGUACACCACACACACACACACACACACGCUGUGGAGCCUCAUUUCACAAAUGUUGUUUCCCAAGACAAUAUUUGAAGAAAUAUUGUCUGGGUCCGUGCGUGGCCGCUGAAAAACAAUUUUUUUUUUUUUUUUGGUUCAUUUUUUUUGAGGGGUGGCAGAGCCACAGAACGAACUCAAUUUGUGAACCGAGGUUUCAGCGUAUUCUCAGUCCAAAGAUAAUUUCACCGCAGCUCCCAACAGACGGAGCAAAAGUCAACGAUGACUUGCUGAUGAGCAAGUGUGAAGGAACAAAGAUGUCGCCGACAUUUUGGAGCCAGGCCGCAAAACGUGCAUUUCAUGAGCGAAAUCGGGCCAAGGACGGAAACGAGCGUCUCCUCACGUCGCACGAGACUGCAGCCUGGGAGGGUGAGAAUGGCCCAUCGUUGUGCUGCAGUCCCUCGGAUCCGCAAGCGUCCCCGGGUUCGGGCCUGGUUCUGCAGCCCAAUCCGGCGAGCCACGGCCAGCGCCGAGAGUCCUUCCUCUACCGCUCCGACAGCGACUACGAGUUGUCGCCCAAGUCGCUUUCUCGCAACUCUUCCGUCGCCGGAGAACCCCACGGAGAGGACUUGAUCGUGACCCCCUUUGCCCAGGUUCUGGCGAGCCUUCGAACCGUCAGGAAUAACGUCACCACAUUGACAAAUGUGCAAUGUGCGUCUAAUAAGAGGUCUCCCGCUGCCAAUCAGCCUCCUGCGACCAAAGUUUGUUUGUCAGAUGAGUCUUACCAGAAGCUCGCGAUGGAGACCAUGGAGGAGCUGGACUGGUGUCUGGACCAGCUGGAGACCAUCCAGACUUACCGCUCUGUCAGUGACAUGGCAUCGAACAAGUUCAAGAGGAUGCUGAACCGGGAGCUGAGCCACCUGUCUGAGAUGAGUCGCUCGGGCAACCAAGUGUCAGAGUUCAUCUCCAGUACCUUCCUGGACAAUCAGAACGAGCUGGAGCCGCCGUGUCCCGUUCCCAAGUCGAGGGAGAGGAAGCGGCGGCGAGGCCGCCAGCAGCAGCAGCAGCAGCAGCAGCAGGGCGGGAUGAUGACGCCCACUGGCGGGGGCAGAAAGGUCAGCUACACGCCGUGCAUCCCCGGAGGCGCCAACAACCGCUUCGGGGUCAAGACUGAUCAGGAGGAACUCCUGUCCAAGGACUUGGAGGGCAUCAACAAAUGGGGGUUGAAUAUCUUCAGGGUGGCGGAGCACUCGCACAACCGGCCGCUCACGUGCAUCAUGUACGCCAUCUUUCAGGAGCGAGACCUGAUGAGGACGUUCAAGAUCCCGAGUGAUACUUUUGUGACCUUCAUGCUCACCCUGGAGGGCCACUACCACUCGGACGUGGCCUACCACAACAGCCUGCACGCGGCCGACGUCGCCCAGUCCGCCCACAUCCUGCUGUCCACUCCGGCGCUGGACGCCGUCUUCACCGAUCUGGAGAUCCUGGCGGCGAUUUUCGCAGCUGCGAUUCAUGACGUGGAUCACCCGGGAGUUUCCAAUCAGUUCCUGAUCAACACCAACUCCGAACUGGCUCUGAUGUACAACGACGAGUCGGUGCUGGAGAACCACCACCUGGCGGUGGGAUUCAAACUGCUGCAGCAAGACAAUUGCGACAUCUUCCAAAACCUCAGCAAGAAACAGAGGCAGACGCUGAGGAGGAUGGUCAUCGACAUGGUCUUGGCGACGGACAUGUCGAAGCACAUGAGCUUGCUGGCAGACCUGAAGACGAUGGUGGAGACCAAGAAGGUGACCAGCUCGGGGGUCCUCCUGUUGGACAACUACACAGACAGGAUGCAGGUUCUCCGCAACAUGGUCCACUGCGCGGAUCUGAGCAAUCCCACCAAGCCCCUGGACCUGUACCGGCAGUGGACGGACAGGAUCAUGGACGAGUUCUUCCAGCAGGGAGACCGAGAGCGGGAACGGGGUAUGGAGGUCAGCCCCAUGUGCGACAAGCACACGGCGUCGGUGGAGAGGACCCAGGUGGGCUUCAUCGACUACGUGGUGCACCCUCUGUGGGAGACCUGGGCCGACCUGGUCCACCCGGACGCCCAGGACAUCCUGGACACGCUGGAGGACAAUCGGAACUGGUACCAGAGCAUCGUUCCCCGGAGUCCUUCCCCUCCCUUUUACUCCGGCGAAGUGGGCGGGGGGCCCCACGCCGAGGGGGAGGGCGCUCCCGUCGCCAGCAAGUUUCAGUUUGAGCUGACGCCGGACGAGGCGGAACGCGAGGUCGCGGCGGCGCGCUCCGAUGGAGACGGCUCUCCGGCCGAGACGUAGCCGGACGGAGCGCCGGGAAGAGCGCGCCGGCCCCUUUUUUGCCAUUUGUUGAAUUGCAGUGGAGCGAUCCUGCAACGCGGGGGCUCUUUGGAGCUUCCUGGCUGCGCGUGAGGCGCCCCCCUGCUGGCGAGGCUCGGAAACCCCGCGGCAGUUUGUUUUUGAAUCCUGCGGGACGGAAGCUGGUGGUGGGGAGGUGGGGGGGGGGGGGGGCGUGGCUUCUGUUGAUUUUCAGAAGCUUGCGAGCAGUGUCACAGAAAUGUGACGGGAAGUGGACGAUAUUCGACGAUUUGUGCACUCCCAACAAGUGGGAAAAAAUUCCCAACUUGCACUUCAGGACGGGACAACUUUGGGUUGCGUUCCGAUUUAAGACUACUGGUCAGCAAGUUAUUGUUUUGUUUUUUUUUAACACGUCUUCAAGAGGAUUGGGUUCCCUUUUUUUUUUUUUAACAACCAUAUUUUUUUGUAAAUGUUUUUCUAAUUUAUUGAACACACUGUAGAACGCGUCCCUUGUUCGCAGUCUUCCUGACGUCCGACCCGAACGUUCGGCGACGGCAUCCCAAAAUCAAAAUCACUUUGACUUCCCGGCACACUUUGCACUUUGUGGCCCCAAAGGAUCAAAAAUUCAUCAGGAAGAAAAAUGAACGGUCAACACGUGCAACCAAAAGAAUCACUCGUGUGUCUAUUUUAGUUUUAGAAAGUCGACCACUUUAAGCGGUUCGUAACUCCAUUUUUCAAAUCCAUAAAGAUUGUAAUUACAGGACUUUGAUGACCUCACCGCGGUCUCGGGAAAGUGUCGGCGUCGAUGUGCGGUCGGAGGAUGACAUCAGGCGAAGGAAAGCCACACAAAAAAAAAAAAAAAAAAUCCCCCGACCGACUUUGCUGAAGGUCGUUUCCCUUCCAUCGGGUCAAAGACUUGGCGCGACUCGCGCACCUGCUGUGGUUGGCACCGUCCCGGUCUCGCGGAUCCACUUUACACGCUGACUCAUUUGAAAGUUGCGCACGUUUAACCGCACGUCGGCCGUUUCGUAAGUUGUUUCUUGUAGCUUUUACUGCGGCACUUUGUCGACAGUUCCGCAGCCGGUCGCUGACCUGUCGGCCCGAACUCUGAGGUACCGCCUCGUCGGGCGCAGCCUUCGCCUCGCGGCGUGAGUCGAGCGCGUUUGCGUUUGCGCUUGCGUGUGUGUGUAAACGGAUCACACGAUUGCACAGAAUCAUGUUGCAUCCAGCCGUGUCGUGCUGACCCUUCAGCUGUUUGUAACUGUAUUUAUUAUCCGUUCCUUGUACGGUAAAAACGCUGACUGUCACUAUUUGUUAUUUAUACGCACUCGCACGUGUCGACAUCGCUUCGUCGCCCUCCCAAAUUCGGGGGAAGGGCCGUGACGUCAUGUUACGCGCUUCCACUUUGAGGAGUACUGGAACUGUUUGGGUUUUCCUGAGAGACUCGCCUGGGCUGCAGAAUCCGUUUUCGGAAUCGUGCGUACGGUGACGGGUCAUUGUACAGCUCGGAAUCAUCAAAUGUACUUUUCCAGUUGUUUCCCUGACGGUUCAAAUGGUAUCUGUUCUGCUCGACAAAUGUUUUGUAUCAGACGAUUAAAACGGGCAUGUGUUACGUUGGCCUCACUCGAGUCUUUUUGGGUGGACCGGCGUGACGGUCCGAGCGCUCCCCCCCGUGCUGAAAAGUCUCCUUGUGAUGAGUGCGCAUCUGGGGAAGGGGAAGGGGAAUUCUGGCUACGUAGCCAACGUGUACUGGGAAAAUCCCCCGGUCUCUUAGUUCCCCUUUUGAACGUACAUGAUAUCCUAACCCUAACCUUCAAACAAAAGUUGAUCAAAAGAUAUACACGUAUAUGUACGUUCGCUGUGUUCGUCUUUCCGAGGCGUCCAAAGCGAACGUGAACACUCGGCGGCAAGUUGUCGAACGGCACGUGUUGAAGCACGGAUGGGGAUGUUUCAGACUGGCCGGAACGUAACAAAAUCUACGUGCGAGCGUGUUAGUCACAAGGAGACUUUUCAGCACGGGAGAGCGCUCAGACUGUCACGCCGGCGACAAAAUGCACAACAUCCGAUCGCUUGAUCAAAACAUACGUGCAAAAACUGACAACUAACAACCACUUCUCAUUUGUUGUCCUUCAGCAUAUCUUGAAAGUGUUUUUCAGCAUUUCGCUCGUGCCGGUUUUGAAUUUUGGAUCUCGAAAGGCCCCGCCCCGCGAGUCGAGUCCCGUGGCCGCAGAAUCGAGGCAGCGUAAACGGGAAGAAUUUAAAAAAAAAAGAAAAGAAAGACAGCGACGCUAUGCGCUCAAGCCUCAGCGGUCUCGAGCACCUUGACCCGGCCCGAUAAGCACCUGAAAUACACGAAGCGCGGGCGGAGAUGACGUCAAACCGCUUGGAGUUUCGGAGAAAGUCAAAGAAGACACAAAAGGAAACUCUUGAUAGCAUCUCAGCUGCUGAAAGGCCGACGCCCGCCACGACGCUGCUGAUACGCAUCCAAAAAUGUUGUCGUGACGCUGCCGAGCAUUCGCUGCAAAAAUUUCCCAGCAACGGAUGCGCGUCGGUCGGAAAAAUACAAAAUGUUCUCAGGCCGGAACGCUUGAGAGUGAGGGGAGGGAAUUCUUGUUCAGCUUUUCAAAACAUUUGCAGCACAUCGUUUCAACGGAAUAAUAACUUUGAAGAUAUUCUUGGCCCGAAAAGACAAAAUUGCAGAGAACACGUUGCGUACUCUGGACAUGCGUUAACAAGAAAGUGGCGCGGCGCUCUCUUGUUUUUCCGGAGGCGACUAUUUACAGUCGGGCGCUGACCUUUUCCACCGCUCGUCCCUGCCAACGGGCAGGAAGUUUCUUUCAAAGCGGAACUCCAGUCAAGUGGUUCGUCAGCGACCGACGUCAUCCGACCGACCCCGCUCCGGCGGCGGCGGCGGCGUCUGGGAGCUGUCUGCUCUCGGGCCCCGACCGGUCGGCCGCGGGCCGGAAGAGAACCGCUUCCUGCAAAACAAAUCUGCCCUCCGU